AGGCGAGUGAGCGACAGUGAGGGAGUGAAAGAGUGAGGUAGUUAGUAAAAUCGGUGAAGCAGCGAGUUUGAGGAGGAAGCAGGUCUGAUACGGUGACACGAGUUCAGCCUUCUACACUAAACACCAGAACACCUCCAUAUAAAUACACCCACACUGCAUGCUGACUUUACUGACUAUACUGAAAUGCAAGAGGAUUGCAAAAUCUUUAGAAGAUUACGCUGGAAUACCGUAGCAGUCUGCACUUAUUCGUUUUUUUUUUUUUGGUUAAUAUUACAUGUCUAGAGUCGCGUAAUACAACUGGACAUAAAUCAAGUUUACAAUGUGUCUUUGGAUGACAGUUUUAAUUAAAUCGGUGGAGCUGGAUGUUUUCGUCUAAAAUUACUUCCCCUUUGUGACCGCUGUGUGAGCUUGCUUUCUUUUUAAUCUACUUCAAGGACAUCUUGAGUGAGACGCGAGAUUCUGGCUUUUAAAAUUUAAAAAGCUUUUUAAAGAAGUCAGUUGCGUCGCUUAUCGAGACAGGAUGAUGAACAUUAGCAGUGCUGGUACUAGUGGUAUUACUAGCAACUGCAUUUAUGCAAGCCGUAAAAGGCGAAAGCCAGUGCAGAAAAGUGCAAAGCCAUCACUUCCUGAAGCCAAGUCCAACCCAUCCAAGAGGCAUCGAGAUCGGUUGAAUACAGAGCUUGAGCGGCUGGCCAGCCUUCUGCCCUUCCCCCAGGAUGUUAUCUCCAAACUGGACAAACUCUCAGUACUGCGACUGAGUGUCAGUUACCUGAGAGCCAAAAGCUUCUUCAGUGCAUCUGUAAACUCUAACAGCUGCAAAAGACCUGCUGGAAAUGGACUCCAUGACAUUAAUAAACUUCCUUGCGAUGAACUGCUGGAGGGAGAACUCCUAUUACAGGUCCUGAAUGGAUUUGUGCUUGUGGUUACUGCUGAUGGGUUAGUCUUUUAUGUUUCAUCUACUCUUCAGGACUACCUUGGAUUUAAUCAAUCAGAUGUCAUCCACCAGAAUGUUUACGAACUCAUCCAUACAGAAGACAGAGCAGAAUUUCAGCGCCAGCUUCACUGGGCCCUGAACCCAGGCCCUCCACAUGACUCAGACAAGAUUGUACCAGCUGCAGACAAUGGACUUUCCUUACCCGUCACCUACUACAGCCCAGAGAAGCUUCCUCCAGAGAAUUCUGCGUUUUUAGAAAGAAACUUUGUCUGCAGGUUAAGAUGUCUUCUGGACAACUCCUCUGGUUUUCUUGCCCUGAACUUCCAAGGUCGUUUGAAGUUUUUGCAUGGACAGAACAUGAAGUCCAAAGAUGGUUCCACAAUCCCUCCUCAGCUGGCCCUGUUUGUGGUGGCUACUCCCCUGCAACUCCCAUCCAUCCUCGAGAUCCGUACCAGAAACUUUAUCUUCAGAACGAAGCACAAGCUGGACUUUACGCCUACAGCUUGCGAUGCCAAAGGAAAGAUUGUGCUGGGUUACACGGAGGCCGAGCUGUGCUAUCGUGGAACAGGAUAUCAGUUUAUUCAUGCAGCUGAUAUGUUGUAUUGUGCUGAGAACCACAUACGAAUGAUCAAGACCGGAGAGAGUGGCAUGACAGUGUUCAGACUCCUUACCAAACAGAACCGAUGGGCCUGGGUUCAGGCAAACGCACGCCUGGUGUACAAAAAUGGAAAGCCAGACUAUAUUAUUGCCACCCAAAGAGCUCUUUCGGAUAACGAGGGGUUAGAAAACUUACGUAAACGGAAUCUAAAGUUGCCUUUUAGUUUUGCUACUGGGGAGGCUGUACUGUAUGAGACAACUUUCCCACUGGCUAUGACUGAUCCGAUGCAUGCCAAGGCCAAAAGCACAUCAGCCACAGCAGCUUCCUCCAAAGCAAGAGAUCAAGAGUCCUUGGAUCCUAACUCACUCCUGGGUGCCAUAUUGAAACAAGAUGAAUCUGUCUAUGUCUGUGCUCCAGCACAAAACAAAAUGUCUUUUGAGACUGGCCCAUUUAGUGACACCAAAGAUGACUUGAACGAUAUUAUGUCGAGUGACUGGCAAGAUAACAUUUUGCCAGUGACACAAAACAAUGCUUUCAGAGAAGAGGAAAGUGAGUGUACUUUGGAUGGCAGAAACAAUGAGUUGUUUAACUUCAUGAAAAACCUUGGGAUCAGUAUGGAAGACCUGGAACUUAUUCAGCAAGAUGAAGAGUUUCUGAAAGUCGAGUGGGAUGACCCUGGAGACAUCACCAAUGUGGCAGAUGACAUCCUAAACUAUGUCCAGGAAUCGCUGAAGAAGAGAUCGGACUGUAUGUUCUCCAGUUGCACUCUUCAAAAGCCAUUGGCACAGAGCCCAAGCAGCAUGCUUCAGCAACAGCAGCUUCAUCCACAGCUGCACCCAGAACAGCAGCAGCAGCAGCUAUAUUCACAGCAGCCUCAACAACAGAACCCACAACAGCAGCAGCUCUGUCAAAAAAUGCAACACAUGCAGGUCAAUGGAAUAGACACACCUUGGGCCCCUGUCAGUGUACUGCCUGCAAACUGUCAACAACAACCCCAGCUGCUACAGCAGCAGGCACCACAGCAGUACAGGUACUUUGGUCUGGAGGGCACUGCCCAAGAUUUUCUGUACAAAACCGAGCUAAACACAGUUCAGCAAGCCUGCACGCUGGAUCGUAUGCCUUCUGCAGUAUCUCAACAUCAUCAGUCACUUAACAUGACAGACAUGAACUAUCCAGUCAAUGACUUUAACACACUGGAAUUGGAGAAUUUCCUGGAGAGUUUACAGCCAAUUCCAGAGAUUCAGAAAUGUGGAAUAAGCCCUCAGGAUGGCGUGAUUACUUCGCAGACCUAUUACACGGGUGCUGUGUCUAUGUAUCUACCAGAAACUCAAUCUACUUGUAUGAAUCAAGUAAAUCAGAUGAAUCAAUUGUUGUUUAAUCCAGGGACCUCACAGCAGCAGACAUUCUUACCCAAGUUCCAAAAUGGAUACAAUGAAGCCUACCCAGAGUCCUACAGCUUGAUGGACUGCACUCAGCCUAAACAACCUCUUCACCAUCAGGACCCAACAUCCGGUGGCUUUCCAUAACUACAAACCCUCAUACCAUGCCUGAUGGGUUAUUUUUGCUUGCAUGAGUGCUGCCUUCUGAAGGAUAGCUUAUUAUGUGAAGAAUCUGAACUGGCAAAGUGGCUUGAUAAGGAGAAUUAAGGCUGGUUACACUGUGCAGGAUUUUAAUCCAAAACUUUUGGGGUUUUUUUGAGGAGAAGGAUCGCUUUUGAUUUCUUGCACUAAAAGUGCAUAAUCUAAACAAAGACAUCUAAGAAACACAUUUCGUUGUUAUAAACUAUGUUCUUUGCUUUCAAGAUAAAUUUGGGAAUAUAAGAUAAGGCACAUGGUAGGUAGUAGCUGGAAUAGAAAUACAAUGCACUAGAUGAAAAUUGUGACCCCAAUAGAUUUUACUGCACUAAGUUUUUCUGUGGAAAUAGGUGCUGUUUAAUCAAGAUGUAUAUCUUUGGUUGAAGUAUUGUAUGUCCAGUAGUUACAAACAGAAGGUCUAGACUAAAUAGGUCUUCUGUUAAUCAUAAGGGGGCUAUUAAUGGAGGUUUUAUUUAAGUGUGACUUUUAAUAAAAUAUCCCAAACAAACUACAAAAUAAAACUCUAUUUAUUCCUCAAAUCAGGUCAUUGUAAAUCCACACUAUUUAAUUCCACCUUAUGAUACUAACCUGUGAAUUAUUUCCUCAUAGACAGCUACAAUAUUGCAUUUUUUUAAUGGCAAUAGUAACAGAUGCUUGUGGAUCAUGUAUUGGUUAAUUUUGUCAAGAUUAUUGUCUAAUUUGACAGUGUAAUGCAUUUUAAGUAAAUGUAAGUGGUAAUUUUAAUAGGCAUUUUUAUGUCUGAAUUAGUAGCUUUUUUUUUCAAAUGUUUAAAUCAUGUGCCUUAUCUUAUUAGAGAACAGAUUAACUGUUUUUGUCUAAAAUUCUAUGCAAUAAUUUUUCAGCGCUUUCAAAAAGCAAAAACUGCAGUUAAAGUUCAAUGAUUCCUAAACAUGUUAGCAUGUCUGCAUGAGGUUUUUUUAUUUGUUUGUUUUUUUCAUUAAAAAAAGAAAAUUGUGUGGAAUUUAUCUUGUAGGAAAUUUCCAAAAAAAAAUGUAAACAAAUUUCUAUUUCUUUUAGCACUUUUUGAAUUUAAAGUAUUUUUUUUUUUUUUAGUUUUAGAAAUAGCAAAAUUGAACGUUACUUUUGUAUCGCACUCUUAAGGGAGAGAAAUCUGAAUUAACAGGGUGAGCUUUUAUUUUAGCCUUUCGAUCCCAUUGUGUCCUUCCAACCCUUUUCUACUGUAAGCCAGCUGUUGACUUCAGUGUUGUAGAAAAGAAUAUAGUUACAGGGGCAUCCUCUGAACCGUACAAGUCCAGUGUCCAUAGGCGUUGUGGAUCGUAACAGAUUCAACAGGGCAAAUGUUUAUGGUACAUGAUACCAAUAUCUAUGGCUUUGUCCUAUUGAACUUGCUCAGACAAAACCUUCAGUUGUAUUAAACAUAUACAAUAUUAAUUGGGGGAAAAAAGUUUUUUUUUGUUUUUUUUUAUAUAUAUAAAUUUCAUACAACUUCAUCUGUGUUUUAAAUGAACAUCAAAUAUUUGCUAUGUUGUUGUAAUUUUUAGUCUUUGUACCAUAUUAUGUAUAUGUAAUUAAUAGUUUUAUUUGUCUUUUUUGUAAUAUAAUUAUUACUUCAUAAACACAUUUAAUGAAUGGAUUUGUAAACUGCCA